AUGCCAAACCACACCGUGAUCCUGGAAUUCAUUCUCCUCGGAAUCCCCCACACCGAAGGUCUCCAAAAUAUCCUCUUUGCUGUCUUUUUGUUCUUCUACCUCUUCACAUUGGUUGGCAAUCUACUCAUCCUCACCGCAAUCAUCUGCGAUGCCCGCCUCCACACGCCCAUGUAUUGGUUCCUCUGCAAUCUCUCUGUGGUCGAUCUUGGCUUCUCCUCCAUCAGCACUCCCAAGCUCUUGGCCAACCUCUGGGUAGGGAGCAGAACUAUCUCUUUGGGUGGCUGCAUGUGCCAGGUCUUCUUCUACCACUUCCUGGGCAGCACUGAAUGCCUCCUCUACACAGUCAUGGCCUAUGAUCGUUAUGCUGCUAUUUGCCACCCGUUGAGGUACACCGUCAUCAUGAACAGAAAAGUGUGUGCCCUCUUGGCAGCCGGGACGUGGUUUGCCAGUACAUUUCAUGCCACCAUCUUGACCAGCUUGACCUUCACAUUGCCUUACUGUGGGUCCAAUGUGGUGGACUAUUUCUUGUGUGACAUUUUCCCAGUAGUCAAGCUGGCUUGUGCAGACACCUAUAUAAUUGAGACGGUGAGCUUCACCGACAUUGGCAUGGUGCCUAUGGCUUGCUUCUUACUCAUUUUUAUGUCCUACAUCAGAAUUGCCAUCUCUGUGCUGAGGAUGCGCUCAGCGGAAAGCCGACGUAAAGCAGCCUCCACUUGCGUAUCGCAUUUGACAGUAGUUUGCUUCUUCUUCGGGCCUUGUGCUCUUCUCUACACCCAGCCAUCUCUGAGUGAUGUAUUAGCCACCCCUAUCCAGAUCUUCUGUAAUGUUGUCACACCCAUGUUGAACCCAACCAUCUAUACUCUGCGGAACAAAGAGGUUCAGGCGGCAUUCAGAAAGUUGAAAGGUUAG